AAAGUUGUCUCAAAUCUCAACUCUAAGUUAAGUGUUUCUCCUCCCUCCCUGUCCCCGCGCCGCUCGUUCUCUCCUUCUACAGCCCGAGUCUUUUUUUAUACCGUACCGUCGCUUUCGUUCUUGACCGUCGACUCCGCAGCAGUCGUGCUCUUCAAGCGUACAAGUGCCAGGUUCGGAUUUCAUGAAUUGAAUGAAUUUGUGAUUAAACGGGUUCAGGUAGUAUGCGGGUGAUUCUAAAUGGAUUCCGAAUGGAUUUGAGUAUUGUUGGUUCAUUUCUUAACGGAUUCAGGUACUUAAAUUGAUAUUGGGUUCAGACUUGGGUAGUUGAUUUUUAGCGGGUACCUGCCCCGCUGUCAUCCCUAUAUAUAUAAGCAAGGGUUAUGUUGGCAAUAACUAGAGGGUUUAACCACAGCAAACUGUUGCCCAACUUCAACCUCCCGAAAGCUCUCACCCGCCCUCUCUUAAGUCCUUUCAUGGCCUCUCCUCUUCCCGUUUCUUCUCCGGCCUACUCCACAGGUUCUCCCUACCAAGCUCCUUCAAAGCGAGUGGGCACCCACAAUGGUAGCUUCCACUGUGAUGAGGCUCUUGGCUGCUUCAUGAUUCGCCUUACCAACAAGUUCUCCGAUGCUGAAAUCGUCCGCUCCCGAGAUCCCCAGGUACUAGAGAGCCUGGAUGCUGUGCUUGAUGUUGGGGGUGUAUAUGAUCCAAGUCAUGAUCGCUAUGAUCACCAUCAGAAGGGGUUUGAGGAGGUGUUUGGACAUGGGUUCACUACCAAGCUUAGCAGUGCUGGUCUUGUUUAUAAGCAUUUUGGGAAGGAGAUCAUAGCUAAGGAGCUGCAGGUUGAUGAAGGGCACCCGGACGUGCAUAGACUAUUUUUGGCUGUUUACAAAAGCUUCAUGGAGGCAAUUGAUGCAGUUGAUAAUGGAAUUAAUCAGUAUGAUACAGACCAGCCUCCAAGAUACGUUAAUAAUACACAUUUAUCUUCAAGGGUUGGGAGAUUGAAUUUAGAUUGGAUAGAGCCGGAUCAAUCAGCUGAGAAGGAGAAUGAGGCCUUCAAGAGAGCAAUGGCUCUGGCUGGCAGUGAGUUUUUAGAUAGUGUUCGCUAUCAUGCUAAGUCUUGGUUACCAGCACGGACAUUUGUAAUGGAAGGUCUUGGAGCUAGAUAUGAUAUUGACCCUAGUGGUGAAAUUAUGGUUUUGACUACAUUUUGUCCUUGGAAACUUCACUUAUUUGAGCUUGAGGAAGAACUGAAGAUUGGAUCUUUAAUUAAAUACGUCCUUUAUCAGGAUGAUAGGAGCAAACACUGGCGAGUACAAGCAGUGGCAAUAGCUCCUGAUAGAUUUGAAAGCAGGAGGCCUCUUCCAGCUCAGUGGCGAGGUCUGAGGGAUGAUGAGCUCUCAAGGGUAUCAGGAAUCCCAGGUUGUGUUUUUGUCCAUAUGAGCGGAUUCAUCGGAGGAAAUCAAACGUAUGAGGGUGCUCUGGCCAUGGCAAAAACUGCACUGACACUAUAGAACACGGAAGAAUGAAUAUCCGGUCCUGAAUUCAGUAUUUCAGCCGGUCUACUUUAUACUGGUCUCUUAUAAUUAAGUCGAUUCUUCAAGAAUUAUUGGCAUUUCAUUCUAACAUUACUUGCUUACCGGGAAGGUUUUUCCAUGUAUUUCUGGGGACAUACAGUUCCUUGAUUUGCAUAUUGUUGAGGAAAUUGGAAGUUAUGAUAUAGUUUUUUUGCCUUAGCUUGUUGAGCAAACUCGUUAAUCUGAUUAUUAACUGGUCAUAGAAAGCCGGCACUGCCAUGUAAUUCGAUAUUCGCAAUAUCUAUAAGACAAAUUCUAGGCUCACAACACCUGUUAAAA